GGCAGCUGGUCAGCCUCUCCCCUGCUGCAGAAUCCCUCCCUGUACUAAUUUCCUCAUAUCUGUUCAUAUUUCCUGCUGUAGGAUUUUUUUUUUUUUUUAAUUCUUCCAAGGAAGAGAAAUCAGGACAACCUCUUCUCUAGGAGAGAAGUAGUUGGUAUCCUAAGUGGUGUGAGAAGAUCUAUUUUGAUCCAAACCGGGUGUUGUCUGGUUUGGGUUCAUUCCAGCCUGGGUCAAGCAACUGAUCACAAGAUGGUUUUUCGGUUUGUGUGCUAUCUUGUGGUUGUGUGGCUGAUUUCUGCCUCAGAUGAGAGCUGUCCAGAAGUUCCCGCAGUGGAAAACGGCAUAAUUGUUAUAGAGGAGACAGAAGGACAAAUUCUGGGGACUUGCGUUUGUAUCAAGGGCUACCACCUGGUAGGAGAGAAAACCUUUGUUUGCAAUGCCUCUACGGAGUGGAAUGCUCCUGUUCCCACAUGUCGACCGGGCCACUGUCCUGACCCGGUGCUGGUGAAUGGCGAACCCAGCUCCCUGGAUCCUGUGAGUGUGAGUGACAAAAUCACUUUUAAGUGCAAUGAGCACUAUAUCCUCAAGGGCAGCAGUUGGAGUCAGUGCCUGGCCAACCACACCUGGAUGCCUCCCUUACCCGUCUGCAAAAGCAGAGACUGUGGCCCUCCUGGGAAUCCCGCUCAUGGCUAUUUUGAAGGAAAAGAUUUCAACUCAGGUUCUACCAUUACUUACCACUGUGAAGACAGGUACCACUUGGUGGGCACACGGGACCAGCAGUGCAUUGACGGGGAGUGGAGCAGUGCACUUCCAGUCUGUGAGUUGAUCCAAGAAGCUCCCAAACCAACUCCACAGACGGAGUUUGAGAAGGCACUCUUUGCCUUUCAGGAGAAUAAAGAACUUUGCAAAGCCAUAGAGAACUUUGUGCAAAGACUAAAGGAAAAUGGUUUAACAAUGGAGGAACUGAAAUAUUCUCUGGAAAUAAAGAAAGUUGAAUUGGAGGCAAAAAUGUUGUCCUGACAUUGUAGCUGAGCAGACUGGGUAAUAGAAAUGCACCUAUGAAUAAAUUUUCUCUGGGUUCUAAAA